AUGAUGAGAAGUGUGGUGGUAGUGUUAUUGAUAUCAAAUAUUGUGUCAGUACGAAAUACAUUACGAAAAGAUCCAGCCUACUGGAAUAAAUUAGCUAAAGAUGAACUAGAAGAAGCAUUGAAACUAAAAUGGAAUCAAAACACUGCGAAGAAUGUGAUUUUGUUCAUUGGAGAUGGGAUGGGUCCAAACACAGUCACCGCUACAAGGAUAUACAAAGGAGGCGAAACCCAUAAGCUUUCAUAUGAGAAGUUUCCACACAUUGGAUUGCUAAAAACAUAUUCCGCCAACAAAAUGGUACCAGAUUCAGCAAGUACGGCCACCGCUUUGCUGUGUGGUGUCAAAGUGAACCAGAACACAAUAGGAGUAGAUGCUUCAGUGAACCAUUAUGACUGUGCGGCAUCCCUAGAUAAUAGCACUAGAUUGGAGUCUUUGGCGACUUUAGCGCUGAAAGCUGGAAAAAGCGCUGGUUUUGUGACAACAAUGCGUGUGACCCACGGUACUCCUGGGCCGUUAUACGCACACAGCGCGGCUCGGCAGUGGGAAUGUGAUGCAAGUAUGAAGGAUGAAGCGAAGAAAUGUAAGGAUAUAGCAAGACAACUGGUGGAAGAUUGGCCGGGGAGAGACCUUCAGGUGAUAAUGGGUGGUGGGAGGCAGAGUUUGAUGCAGAAUGUCACCGAAACCUCCUCAGACCCAAUAAACAGCUGGACCUGUUCCAGAAGAGAUGGACGUGAUCUCAUCAAAGUAUACAGAAAGGACAAAGAAGAUAGGAAACUUAAAUACAGAGUUCUAUCAAAUAACAGAGACUUGAAGUAUUUGGAUGUGGCUGAGACUGAUUAUGUGUUAGGAAUAUUUGCCAACGAGCACUUACGAUAUGAAAGCCAAAGAGACAAAAGUCCUGAAGGAAUGCCAUCUAUCAGCGAUAUGGUGGGAGCAGCUAUAAAAGUAUUACGAAAGAAUAGCAAUGGAUACUUUUUAAUGGUGGAAGGCGGUAAUAUAGAUAUGGCACACCAUAGAGGUCGCGCAAAACUAGCUAUUGACGAGUCAUCAGCUAUGGACGAAGCUGUCAAGAAAGCUUUGGAAAUGACGAAUGAAGAAGAAACUUUAAUAGUUGUUACAAGUGAUCACUCACAUACUAUGACGAUCAACGGCUACCAGGACCGAGGCGGGAAUAUAUUUGGUACAAUAGGCCCAUCAAAAUACGACGGUGUUAAUUACACGGUAAUUUCUUACGGCACGGGCGGGCCGGGUUCGUUCAAACAUUCAAUAACAACUAUUGACAACGUCACUCGCGUUGUAAGAAAAGAUCCGUCAACUGUCAAUACGGAUGACAUGUUGUAUGAACAGAUAGCAGCUAUUACAUUGGAAGAGAACUCACAUGGCGGAAGUGACGUCACAGUUUAUGCUAAAGGUCCAUUCUCGCACCUAUUCCACAAUGUUCACGAACAACAUUUCGUUUUCCACGCCAUAUCGUACGCGGCAAAACUCGGAGUAUAUUCAUCGGCUGACAGUAUAAGAUACAGUGUUACUAUAUUGACUGUUGUAUUAUUACUAUUACUGAAAUCAUUAUUAUAA